UGUAAACAUGUUCACGACUUCGAUCUCAAUUGCCGUUCUUCACUUGCUCCUGCUGGUGUCCUUCGGAAGAGCGCACACCCUACCGCCGGUGGUGCAGAUGGGUGGUGCAAUCGUGGCCGCCGUCGAGCAGGAUGCCGAGCAGGAAGCCGCCGCCGAGGAGCGGCAGCGGGUCGAGCGACAGUGGCUAUCGAUGGCCGAAACACAAUUGCACAGCCUGAUCAGAGACGAUCUGAGUCCAGAUGCGGUAAACAAGAUGCUGGAGACGUGGUCUACCGAAGGUCGCGGUAAGCAGAAAAAGCAAAAAAAGCUCAAGAAAAUGGUAUAUCCGCUUCUAGCUGCUGUAGCCGUUGCCAAAAUGGUUUUGCUACCCUUGGUCCUGAAAUGGCUGACGGCGCUUUCGACCUCAUCGUUUGUCAUGGGCAAAAUCGCAUUGGUCACAUCCGGUAUUUUGGCACUGAAAUGGAUUUUGUCUGGAGGACAUGCACGCGAUCGUCUGGAGAUAGUUCACUCUCAUGCACCACUCGUUAAAGGAUUACACGGCAGUGAUUUAUCCUCAAGUGGAAGCAGUUGGAUACCCAUUCGACAGCCCUUCAUACCUUUGGUAUCCAAAGACCAUAGCCUUGACAAUCUUUAUAAGCCAUUUUUAUAGGUUAGUUUGAAACAAAAGUGAGAGUACUGAAAAAAGCUAAUUUUAUUGAAAGUAUUGCAAAACUGAAUGCCUGUCAAAUGUUGCACAAGUAAAAGGCAA